AUGGCUCGAUGGCUCGAUAAGCCAAUGUCUGAAGGCUGGGAUGCUUUUAUGCAUGCACAUUCAAAUAUGAAUAAAAUUCAGUUGUAUAUGCAACAAAUUCCAAACUACAUAAAAACAGCAUUGACAAUCAUUGCAAAAGGAUCAACACAAUUGAUGGAACUGCAGCUGCCACCUACAUUAAAUAGGCUCUCUGAUAUUCGUCGACAAUGUGAUGUAGUCGAAGUCACGUCAUUAUCUCAACUUAUCUAUAUACAACGAUUACGUGACGUUUCAUCACAAGUGAUGAAAAAUGAAUUCGGCAAAAUUGAUGCCGAUAUUGAUAAAGAGUACGCUGACAUUAAAGAGUCAUUAAAAAAAGCACAAGAUAUCUAUCAGAAAGCAAUGGACGAUAUACCGACAGGUUGGGAUCUAAUAGGACAACGUAUUGUCCAGGGAUUGAGUAAUGUGCUUAUGAAUGGUAUGAUGGGUAUGAUUAACUCGUGUACAUCUGGGAUAAAAAAUGGCGGAAUGAGUGGCGGGAAAACUGGCAUAGAUGAUGGAAAACCGGUUCCUUCAUUCUGCAAACAAAAAGGAAUCAAUGCAACCAGGGGACUGCUCGACUCAUUGAGUCUAUUUACAAAUACUGUCAGAGACAUUUUACAAGGAACAAAUACCGAAAAUCCAUUAAAUAUCUUCAAACUUUUCAAAAUAUCAUUUAAUACCACACAAUCAUUGGAGUUUACGGAAUUAUUUAAAUCAGGCAAACCGAAACAAGAGCAAACGGAUGGGCUGAUGAAUACGUUAAUGGGUGCACCCAGUGAGGUGCCUCAUGAGGCACCUCACUCAUUAACGUAUGUGCCUCACCCAUUAACGUAUGGCACGUCGAUCGAACCUUACCUUAUAAGCCAAUCCAAUAAUAACCACAACAAUGAUAUUGGUUCUAAUGAAAAAUUCAAAGCUGAAAUGGCUAAAAAUCAACUGGAAGUUCAAUUGAAACGGCCUGAUGCUAUAUUUACACAACUGAUGCAACAACGAAAAGAAGUAAAAGAACUGAUGGUUAAAAUUGCUAGUUUAGAUUUAACAAAAAUUAGUUAUAAAGAAAUUAUUGAUAUAUUAACACAAAUCAUUAGUCUUCUAUCCGGCAUUCAUGUUCAAUGGGCAAAACUAGUUGAAUUUUUUUCUGAAAUAUCUAUUCGGCCACAAAUAGCUUUGAAUGGCACUCUUGGACCGUUCGUUGACAAUGCACAAUAA